AUGCAACCCCCCAACAGCAACCUCCGCGCCUUCAAUCUGGCCGUCACAACGCUUCUCAAAUCCCCCUCGCAAUUCCUCCCCCACCUUACCAUCCCUACCAUCGCCCAUUUGCCCGAGAACCUAGGUCCAGCGGUUCAUCCGAAUUCUAGCUCCGAAAAGACCCCCACGAUUCGCGCCCUCGUGCUCGAUAAAGACAAUACGCUUUGUCAUCCGAAAACAACCGCGUUCCCGUCGGAGAUCCUAAAGAAACUCACGGCGCUGCGCACAUCUGCAACUUCGCCGUUCAACAAGGAGAACUCGAUAUUGAUUGUUUCGAAUCGGGCGGGAAGUCACCCGCGGUAUGACGAGGAGGUGCGCGAGUUGGAGGAAACAUUAGGGGACCUGCGCAUUCCCGUGUUCAGGUUGCCUGAAGGAAGCGAGAAGAAGCCAUUCUGUGGGAAUGAGGUGCUGGAGUGGUUCCGUGAGAGAGGGGUGGUGAGUAGGCCGGAUGAGAUUGCUGUGGUCGGGGAUCGAUUAGGGACCGAUGUGUUGAUGGCGGUGGCGAUGGGGUCAUGGAGUGUUUGGUGUCGCGAUGGUGUGACAGAAGAGGGCCGCGACAUGAAUCUCCUCGAGAAGAUGGAGGUCUGGGUUGAGAAAUAUCUCCGUGAGUCGCGGGGCCUAAAGGCGCCACCACCCAAGGGCUGGGAGGGCUACAGCGAUCAUGAUGAGGUGGACUGA